AUGUCAAUUCUUGACAACAAAUAUCGGGUUCUGGUGGUUUUUGUCGGAUUUUUGUGUCUGGUUUCAGUAUGCUCGAAUUAUGCGGUGAUGAAUUUCACGUUUAUUUGUAUGAAGUCGGAUUUGAGUUUUGUGAGGGAUGAUGGGAAUUUGGUGAGUUCUGGGAAGGUUGAAAUUCAGUUCGCAUCGCUGAGUCUGGUGAUCAAGGAGCUACAUCUAGAGAUCCACUCUGACAAGGAGACACGCCUUGAGGGCUUAUAUGUCAAGCAGCCAAGCCUAGAGAACAUAAUUGUCUAGGGCUCACACCUGGAGAUCCACUCUGGCAAAGAGACGCGCCUUGGGAGCUGAUCUAUCAAGCAGCCAAGCCUAGAGAACCUGGUUGUAUAGGGCUCGCGCCUAGAGUUCCACUAUGUCAAGCAGCCAAGCCUAGAAAUCCUAGUUGUCAAGUAGCUGAACCUAGAGAACAUAAUUGUCUAGGGCUCACAUCUAGAGAUCCAUCAUGUCAAGCAGCCGAGCCUAGAGAAUAUAAUUGUCUAGGGCUCACACCUAGAGAUCAACUACUUAUAUGUCAAGUAGCUGAGCCUAGAGAAUCUAAUUGUCUAGAGUUCACAUCUAGAGAUCCGCUAUGUCAAGCAGCCAAUCCUAGAGAUCCACUUAUACGUCAAGUAGCCAAGCCUAGAGAACCUGAUUGUAUAGGGCUCUCGCCUAGUGACCUUCUCUGGCUAGGAGCAUUGUCUGAAUUUCCACUGUGACAAGGUGCGACGCCUUGAAAACCACUGCAAAUAGGUACGACGCCUUCACACCAUCUAUUUCAAGCAGCCAAGCCUAGAGAACAUAAUUGUCUAGGGCUCACAUCUAAAGAUCCACUCUGGCAAGCAGUCAAGCCUAGAAAUUCUAGUUGGCAAGUAGUCGAUCCUAGAGAACAUAAUUGUCUAGGGCUCACAUCUAGAGAUCCACUAUGUCAAGCAGUCAAGCCUAGAAAUGCUCGUUGUCAAGUAGCUGAGCCUAGACAUCCUAGUUGUCAAGCAGCCAAGCCUAGAGAACAUAAUUGUCUAGGGCUCACAUCUAGAGAUCCACUAUGUCAAGCAGUCAAGCCUAGAGUCUAAAUUCCCACUCAAGGGCCUUCUGUAGACCUCGACAUUUUUCCAGACCAAUCCAAAAAGUCUCUUCGACUACACACCAAACGAGAAAAAGUACAUAAUGUGGUCGGUGGCCGCUGGAACAAUGCUCGGAACCUUCCCAGUCAACUGGAUCUUCAUCAAAUUCGGCGGUCGUUUCACAUUCUUCACAGCCGGCAUCAUAUCAGUCAUCGCAACCGGAAUCAUUCCACUCGCCGCCGAGAAAAACUUCAUCUCCCUUCUAGUCGCCAGGUUUUUCCAGGGUCUCGCGUUUGCUGCGGAUUUUGCGGCGAUCGGGCUGAUUACUGUGAGAUGGGCGCCGCUGACGGAGACUGCGAUUUUUUUGGGUGGAUUGACAUCGUUCACGCAUACCUCGUCGUUUUUCACGAAUGCCGUGUCGGGAGCGGUGAGUGUGUUGAAUUUUCAAAAAUUGAAAAUUUCUUUUCAAAAUUUUGUGGUUAAAACGGUGGAAGAAAAUUGAUUUUUAAUAUUUGAAUUCAAAAUCAAAAACAACUGAACCGUACUGUUUCAAAUAAAAAUCAUGUAAAAUUUUCAAGCUCUGAAAAUUUCUGUUAAAAAAUUCUUGAUCUUUUAGAAAUUUCAGAAUUCUUUUAAAAAAAUUCAAAUUCAAAUUUGGAUUCAAACAUCAAAAACAACUGAAACAGUAAAAAAUCCACGAUUUUUAGAAUCAAGAAAAAUCACUGUUUCAAAAAUCAAGUCAAAUUUUCGAAGUCUAAAAAUUUCUGUUAAAAAAAUUCAUGAUCUUGAAGAAAUCUCAGAAGUAUGAAUAAAAAUUCAAAUUUGAAUUCAAACAUCAAAAACAACUGAAACAGUAAAAAAAAUCUACGCUUUUUUAUGUCAAGAAAAAUCACUGUUUCAGAAAUCAAGCAAAAUUUUCAAGCUCUUAAAAUUUCUGUUAAAAAAUUCUUGAUCAUGCAGAAAUCGCAAACAUCGUAAUAAAAAUUAAAUUUGAAGUUUUAACAUCUAAAAUAGUUGAAACGUAAAAAAUCCCCGAUUUUAAUAUCAAGAAAAAUCACUGUUUCAAAAAUCAAGUAAAAUUUUCAAGCUCUGAAAAUUCGUGUUUACACAUUCACGAUCAUUUAGAAAUGACAGGUCUAAUAAUAAAAAUUAAAUUUCAAGUUUGAACACCAAAAACAACUGAAACAGUAAAAAAAUCCUUAAUUUUUAGUAUCUGAAAAUCACUGUUUUAAUUAAAAAUCAACUAAAAUUUUCAAACUCUGAAAAUUUCUGUUAAAAAAUUCUUGAUCAUGCAGAAAUCGCAGAUAUCAUAAUAAAAAUUCAAAUUUGAAUUCAAACAUCAAAAACAUCUGAAACGUAAAAAAUCCACGAUUUUUGGUAUCAUGAAAACUCACUGUUUCAAAUAAAAAAAAAGUAAAAUUUUCAAGCUUUUAAAAUUCGUGUUUACACAUUCAUUGCCAUCUAUAAAAAUUUCAGGUCUGAUAAUAAAACUUAAAUUUGAAAUUUGAACACCAAAAAUAGUUGAAACGUAAAAAAUCCCCGAUUUUAAUAUCAAGAAAAAUCACUGUUUCAAAUAAAAAUCAAGUAAAAUUCUCGAAGUCUGAAAAUUUCUGUUUAAAAAAUUCUUGAUCUUGUAGAAAUUUCAGAAUUAAUAAUAAAAAUGAAAUUUGAAUCCAAAGAUCAAAAACAUCUGAAACGUAAAAAAUUCACGAUUUUUUGGUAUCAAGAAAAAUCACUGUUUCAAAAAUAAAAUCACUGAAACGUAUGAAAUCCGAGCUCCGAAAAAAUUCCAGAUUUGUGAAAGUUACGGAUGGCGCACCGCCUUCUAUUUUCACGCAAUCAUCGGACUCGUCGUAUUUUUCCUAUGGGUCAUCGUUUACACCGAUGCUCCACAAAAAUGUAAAAGAGUUUCGCCAAUAGAGCUGCGAAAAAUUCAGAAAAACAAAUCCGAACAACAUUUGGACAACAAAAAUACCUAUGUUCCUUAUAAGGUGGGUUUUUUUUUUUGAUAAAAUCAGGAUAGAAAUCAGAUGUUUUUUUUAGAAACUUCUAACAUCUCCCGUAGUAUUAUGUAUUUGGCUCAACGCAUUCGCUGAAAUGUCAAUAGUUGUAUUCUUGCACAGCUACGCACCUAUCUAUUUCAAUCGAAUUCUUCGAUUUUCCAUAAGUCAAACUGGUUUCUUCCUAGCUUUAGCUAUACUUUUUGCACUUCCUUUGAAAUUGGUCGGUGGAGUUAUUAGUGAUAAAGCGAGAUGUUUUAGUGAGAAGACGAAAAUGUUAUUUUUCAAUUCGGUUUCGGUGGGAUUUGUUGGAUUUUUGAUUUGUGUUUUGAGGUGAGUUCCGGUGCUUGGGUAAUUGUUUUGCAAAGAAAGGGAAGCAACAAUAUUUAUGAAACAUGUGGAUUGUUUUUUGUGAUAUUUUUGAAACAGUGAAUUUUUUGAAAGAAAAAAUUGACUUUUUCAGAAAAUAAUUUGUAAGAAUAAUACAAUUAAAGUAAUCAAAAAAAUUCUGAUUUUUGAAACAGUGAAUUUUUGUGUGUGAUGAAAUUUUUUUAGUUUACAGAAAAAUCAAUCGGGGAAAAAGUUUCCGAAAAAUUCACUGUUUCAAAUAUCAAAUAAGUUUUUUCGUUGUUGGGAAUUUAUGGUGCAUUUAUCUUCCUUUUUUUCAAAAAAAAAUAAUUUUUCAAAGGAAAACUUUUCAAAGUUACGAAUUAAAAAAUCUUCGAAAAAAUUUACUGUUUCAAUAAUUAAACAUCAUUUUUUUUCUGAUAUUUUUGAAACAGUAAAUUUUAAACUUCUUCUUGAAAAAAAUAGGAUAAUGUUAUAUAGUUAAUAGUAAUUCCACAUGAGAAAAAUCAGAAAAAAAAUAUGGAAAAAUUCACUGUUUCAAAUUUCAAAUAAGUUUUUUCGUUGUUGGGAAUUUAUGGUGCAUUUACCUUCCUUUCUAAAAAAAAAAUAAUCUUUCAAAAAAAAAAUACUUUUCACCACUAUAAAAGUGCCGAAUUAAAAUAAAUCUUCGAAAAAAUUUACUGUUUCAAAAAUUAAAUAAAAAUUUUUUCACAAAAUGAAAUUGCUGAUUAUUUGAAUUUAUAUGCACAGAAAAAUAAGAGUAGACAUUGAAAAAGAAAAAUUCACUGUUUCAAAAUAUAUUUAAUUUUUUAGCUGAUAGAAAUUCGACAAUUCGAAAAUUUUCUUUGUCGGUAAAACAAUCCACUGUUUCAAAAAUCCUCCUAAUUUUUCAUUUAGAAAAAAUAUAUAUUAUCAAAAGUUUAGACUUAAUUCUCACUGGAAAAAUCUACUGUUUCAAAAAAAAUCUCCCAAAUUUUCUUGCAGUUUCAUUCCUCAAGAUCUCAACUACUUCUCAGUCGUCCUAUUCUCAUUCAUUUUCUCAUGUCUUUCGCUAAACGUUGCCGGUUUCUACAAAUGUGCCACUCUUCAUACUCGACAAUACGCUCAUGUUGUUAUUUCAACAAUUCAAUGGAUGAAAUCAGUGGCGUUGAUAACUGGACCAGCUUUGGUGGCAGCUGUUGUCAAAACUGAGGACAGUGUGAUGCAAUGGCGGAUUGUUUUGUGUAUUUUGGGUGGAUUGUGUUUGACGGUGAGUUUCAAAACAUUUUGCCACGUGGAUUUUCAGUAUCCUGAUUUUCCAGGCUAAUUUCACCUCAAUCUGCACAUUCACCGAUAAACCAGCCGAAUGGACUGGAACAGUUCCAGAAAAAUCUCAGCCAAAAAUUGAAAUGAAUAAAAAACCAACUGAAACUGCAUAA